AUGUCUCAUACAUGGUUUUGGAGUCUCAUUCAGAAUGAUUUCAAGACUGGGAAUAUUGAUUUCGAUGGUUGCUUGAGGCUGCUUGAAAAAAUGCAAGUAACUUUUGAUGAAGAUCAUUUAAAACAUAUUUUCAAGAAAACCAUUGACAAACACACAGGAGAUAUAAUUAGUAUGGACGACUUCAAGGCAAUUUAUCGAGCUCUUGUAUACAGACCUGAAUUUGAAGAACUAUUCAAGGCUUACUCGACAGAUGGAAAAUUGCUACCUGAUGGCCAGCUCCUUAAAUUUCUUAUGAAAGAACAAUUUCAAACUGAUGCUAAUGAAACAACUACCUUAGAAAUUAUUAUGAAGUAUGAACCCAUUGAUGAAGUGAGGUCGAAAAGGAUGAUGUCAUUUGAAGGAUUUGUAAGGUACAUGAACUCAGAGGAAUGUUCAAUAUUUAAAAGCCAGCACAGGAGCGUCUAUCAAGAUAUGACUCAGCCAUUAUGUGACUAUUUUAUUUCAUCGUCUCAUAACACCUACUUGAUAGCUGACCAGCUAAUGGGACCCAGUCAUUUAUGGGGAUAUACCAGUGCUCUCUUGAAAGGAUGUCGUUGCCUGGAGAUUGACUGCUGGGAUGGAAACAACAAUGAACCUAUUGUGUAUCAUGGUCACACUUUGACAAGCAAAAUCCCAUUUCGUUCUGUAAUUCAUGUGAUUGACAAAUAUGCAUUUAUGUCAUCUGCCUAUCCACUGGUACUGUCUUUGGAGAAUCACUGCAGCCCUAAACAGCAGGAAGUAAUGGCAAUGUGCUUGAAAACUGUUCUAGGUGACAAACUUCUUUCUUCACCAUUAGGUGGUGAAGUAGAGGUGACUAAACUGCCUUCUCCUGAGGCAUUAAAAUUCAAAGUUCUGAUAAAAAACAAAAAAGUUGGAACACUUGAGCAAGGUGUGCUCAGGAUGGAGGAAGACUAUCAUGGUGAGAUAGAGGAGCUGUCUGACUCUGAGUUUGAUUCUGAGUCUACAGACACAGAUGACACGUUACCUACUCGGCAAAUGAGAAGUCCUGCCAAAAGAAGAGGAGAACGCAGAUCUUCACUCCUUCCUCAAAAAAAACCUAAGGUGAGGAAGACAAAGAUUGCCCUUGCAUUGUCAGACCUUGUGGUUUAUACCAAAUCUCAGAAGUUUGUGAGCUUUGACCAUUCCCUACAGCAUCAGCAGUGCUACGAAAAUAAUUCAAUUGGAGAGAGUUAUGCACGAAAACUUUUAAAAAUUUCAGCUAAAGAUUUUAUUUCACAUACAACAAGAUUUAUUACAAGAAUUUACCCCAAGGGAACAAGAAUGAGCUCUUCAAAUUAUAAUCCUCAAGAGUUCUGGAACGUAGGGUGUCAAAUGGUGGCCUUAAACUUCCAGACACCGGGACCACAAAUGGAAUUACAAGAUGGAAAAUUCCUGGACAAUGGUGGCUGUGGCUAUGUGCUGAAACCUCAGUUCUUGAGGGAUCCCAACACCAAAUUUACACCCCGAAAUGUGGGAGGAUACAGCAAACCAAUGUCUCUGUCAAUAAGGCUGAUCAGUGGCCAUCAGUUACCACCCAGCAGCAUGUCAAAGACCAACAAAGCUGACCCCAUGGUGCAGAUAGAAAUCUAUGGUGUUCCAGAGGAUCAAACAAGAAAGAGAUCUAGUGUUGUAAAAAGCAAUGCUUUGUGCCCCAAAUGGAACGAAACGUUCUCUUUCAACAUCCAAGUUCCUGAGCUGGCAAUGAUACGUUUCUGUGUGGAGGAUGAGGUGUCUCUGGCUAACAAUGAAUUCCUCGGCCAAUACACUUUACCUGUGAUGAGCCUGAAUACAGGUUACCGUAGGAUUCCACUGAUAUCCAAAGACGGCACCAAGCUGGAAUCUGCAUCACUGUUUGCUCAUGUCUGGUACUACUAGCGAUGUUCUGCAGAAGAAAUUGUUCUGGGGGAUUGUCCCCUGCUUCAAUAAAGUUGCAUUUCUGGUUUUGCAACAGCCCGAUGGCCUGAUUCCCAGAGAGGCAUAUUCUCAGUGGCUUUAUGGACUUUUAUGGAAGGUGGAUCCUGAAUAAAGGCUGCUGUCCUUGGCUCUACUGCUGGUUUUCUGUAAGAGAAGACUGGGUUUGAGAAAACUAAGGAGGCUUGAAGUGCACAAGUCCAUGGGACCUGAUGAUCAGGCUGGUGAAUUCCCACUGAUUGAAAAAGGGGAAACAUAGCCCAAAUUUGCUAUCAAAAGCAGCACAGAGAGAGGUGAUUUUACCAGCCCACUCUGCUCUAGGGAGAUCCUGCAAAGCUCAUCAGCUCUGGGGCCCCCAACACAAGAAAGAUGUUGAACUUUUGCAGUGAAUCCAGAGGAGGGUCAUGAAAAUGAUCAGAGGUGUGGAGCACCUCUGCUGUGAGGAAAGGUUGAGAGAAUUGGAGCUGGUCAGCCUAGAGAAGAAAAGGCUCCAGGGAGACCUUGUAGAACCUUUCAGUAGAGGGGCAUGUAGUGAUUGGACAAGGGUGGAUGAAAACCGAAAACUCUGAACUGAAAGGAGGUAAGUUUAAUUGGGUAUUAGGAAGAAAGUCUUUACUGUGAGGGUGGUGAGGCACAGGCACAGGUUUAUAGAGAAAUUGUGGACUCCUCAUCCCUGGAAGUGUUCAAGGCCAGUUGGAUGGGGCUCUGACCAACCUACAAAGUGUCUCUGGCCAUGGUAGGGGGUUGGAAUGAGAUGAUUUUGAAAUUCCUUCCAACCCAAGCCAUUCUGUGGUUCUAUUAUUCUAUGAUUACUUAGAAACCAUUCAUAAAUACAUUUUUGGAUAAUUUUAAAAUUCAGUUAAUGUCACUUGGAGAUAAUUUCAAAUUUAUGAUUAAUUAUUGAAUGAGGAUAAUAGUCCAAUAUAUAUGAGAGAUCAUGCUAAUUUUUAGGAUAUGAUCAUGUGAAAUUGACGUUUUUAUUUGUAUUGAACAAAAUUUCUUAUCACUGUAUCUUUUCAAGGGAAAAGGAAAAAUCACAGAUAUCAAGUUCCCUUUCAAUUUGUAAAUUUGAUUGGGCUAUUCCUCCUUAGUGCCCACUGUCACUUUCUUACCUGAAAAAUAGUUUUGAGAAAAAUAAUUACUUCUUAAAAUCAUAAAAAAUCAUAUGCUGGUGUUGGUACCUUAGCUUAGUCUUGAACCUCCUGCUGCUAAAACAAGAUAAAAAAUUAAUGGACUUAUUUGUAAAGAACCAUGUUCCUCAUAGGAGCAGGGAGCUCAGGGUACAUCUUACUGGGAACUCAGGAAAUCAGAAACACAAUACUCUGAGGAGAACUAGGGAAUUUUAGAAAAAACAAGAGUUGAUUAUGUGCAUGAAGAUCUUUGACAGUUUCUUGCCUAACAGAGCUAUCAGUGUAGAUCUUGCCCAUAAGACACAAUUUUCCCAUUUUCCUUUCAGAACUGAAGUAUUGUUGACCUUCCACAGGACUAAAAUUACACAACUAAUGGCAGAUUUGUUACUCAAAUAUGAUUUUUUUUAAAAAAAGCCCCAAUGUUAUAUUGACAUGUUUCUUUAAUAUCAAACAAUAUUGCUUAAGUUUGCAGACAGUUAUGAUAAUAUGUUGUAAUGCUCUUUUUUAUUUAUUGCUAUUCUAAUGCUGUUUUAUUUAAUGUUGCUCUAAGAUGGAAAAUCAGGGCAUGUGGUAAACAAGGGUUAGAAAAUGUCACAGGAAAAAAACACUUAGAAAAUUGCAUUAUAGUUUUGAUAAGGAAACUGAGACAGAAGACUAAAAGGAACCUGAAAUCAAUAUGGAACUGUAAGGUUCCAUAUUGAUUAUUGAUAUUAAUUUGAUAACUUUGUAAGCUGGUCUCAGUGUGUUUUCUGUGUUUGACUGACAAGACACUAGAUUGGUUUCCCAGGGGAACCCUAUAGUAUAAAGUGUUUGGUAUCCCUGCAAGUGGUAAAUAUCUUACAGUUUCUUAGAGUUCUGAAUAGACUAAUAAUGUAUAUUAUUAUUAUUAUUA